CUUGUAUAAAAUGUGUAAAGUACAUCAGAUAACGGUGAUCAAUUUUGUGAUGUGAUGCAUUGGCUGAAAAAAUUAAAAUAAGCUGUUAAAGAUCGGAAAUGUGAUGGAAACACAAGGUUUGGUAUGAUUUUUUUGUUUAAAUAUUAGUUAUAAGGGGUAGGGAGACAUAUCGGGACGGACAUUUCGGGAUUGCGGUGACAGAAUAGAAUAACUUGUAUGUUUAUGCCGUUUCUAAACCAAGAGGGAGGGGCAAAAGUCGGUCUUCCAAGUUUUUUUUGGGUUUUUGGGAGUCCAAAACUCAGUCCGGACAAAAUUCGGUCUUGCCAGAAUCGACAAUACUUCCUACCCAGUGGCCGUAGGUUCGACAUUGAAAUAUCCCAUAUGUCCGUUUCUAUUUGUCUGGCUUCUAUAAGGACACAGAUUUUGUUUUAA